CUUAUGAUCCAGCCUCCUGAUCAAACAAGCCUUUUCGUUAACGGCAUUGAGUAUCUAUCUGGUCGGUGGCAGCCGUCCCAAGUGGGACCAAAAAGAACAAAAAAAAGUUUGAAAAAAUUUUUACGCUGUACUGAUUAGGGAUUUCAAUGGCUUCAUGGGAGGAUGAAGAUUUUGAACCCAGUGUGGGAGAUUUAAAAGGAAAGCCUUCAGAUAAAUGGGAAGGUGAAGAUGAAGAUGAUGAUGCAGUCAAGGACAACUGGGAGGAUGAAGAUGAAGAAGAGGAAACACAAGAAACAAUGAAAGUUGUAGAAAAGAAGAAGAAAAAACCUUUAGCUGAGAGGAUAAAAGAAAAGGAGGAGGCAAAGAUGAAGAAAUUAAAAGAACUUGAAGAGGCACUUAAAAAUGAGGAUGAUAUUGAUGAUCAGGACCUCACACCUGAAGAAAGGCUUGCAGAAAAAAUUAGGAAACAGAAACUUAUUGAAGAAGCUGACUUACUAAUAGCUAAAGAUACUUUCGGGGUUACUGAUUUGCCAGAAAAGAAGACAUUUGACAAUUUUGAACCAGAUACUAAAGAGGAAUUCACAGAGUUUCAGAACCUCCUUGUUGAGAAAAUUACAAAAUAUGAGGGUAAAGCCGAGUACACGUCGUUUUUAGAAGGACUCUGCAGAGAUUGUUGUGCAGGAAUUGAAGUCGCAGACAUAAAGCGAAUUGCAACUACCUUAAAUGCAUUAGCUACGGAAAAGGCGAAAAUUGCAAAGCCUGCUAAAACGAAAAAGAAAGGCGGAAAGAAGACGUUGGUUGGUGCUUCUGCUAAGGCCAGUAAGAGAGACAAUUUUCUUGACUAUGACAAUCAGUUUGAUGAUUUCGAUGACUUCAUGUAAACAUUCAUUCAUUAAAUAGCAAAAUUUGUCUAA